UUCAAGCGAAGCUGUGCGCGCGCGCCUGUUUGUUAUUUUUCCCUUCUCAGGGCAGCCUUCUCUUGAGUCGCAGAUUGGAGGAGAGCAGCAGGCGAAUGGCAGCACUGAUCCUGACUUAUAACUUAGUUAUAACCUUGUUCUAACUAAGAACAAAUACAAGGGUAGCUAGAGAGGCUAGCUUGGGGAAAAGAGAGGCUUCAAAAUGGACGAGCUCCCAGUUAAGAAUGGAAGCUGCGUGGAUUGGCAAAAACGGUGCCUUGCAUUGGAAACCCAACUCUUCAAAUUCCGCCUGCAAGCCAGUAAAAUCCGGGAGCUGCUGGCUGAGAAGAUGCAGGAACUGGAGCAGAGAGUGAUUGAGGCAGAACGAAGAGCCCAAAGUGCAGAGAAACAGGUUGAAGUGAUGGAAGAGAAGUUGAAACUUGCCAACAUGAAAACAAGUGAAUCAAGUGAACACAAGAAAUAUCAGGAGCUGAUAAACAGAGUACAAGAAAAGGAUGAACUAAUCAACAAAAUGAAGACACAGCUGGAAGAACAGAAGCAAUUGAGAGCACAAGAAGCUAAAAUUGUUCAAGAAAAAGCUGCCAGAAUUAAGGACUGGGUGACAACUAAGCUGAAAGAGCUUGAGCUGGAAAACCAUUACCUUAAGGCUUGCAACCUGAGGCUGACAGAGCAGAUCGAAAACCUUCAGAAAGCAUUGCAGGAUCUAAAAACUCAAUCAAGUUGUAAUGAUCCGCUACCAAAAGACCUCCUAUCACCCUUCCCUGAGAAUUCAGACCAGGAUUCCCAACUUCUUGCAGUGGGCAUCAAAGAGGCUUAUCGGGGAGUGUCUACCAAAGCUAUAACAAGUGUGGUCUUCAUGCAUGACUCCUAUGUGGGAGGCGAGACUGAUGCCUCAGUGCCUUCCCAAAGCUCACUGAGACUUAUCUCUAACUCCUCACUUGGCAAAAAUUCUUCAGAGAAAGAUUUUGUCUCCAUGGCAUCCCCAAGAAUCUGCACAACAUCACUAAACCACCAAACGGAUACUGUGACAUUUCAUGGAGGUUUGACUUUACACUCUCCUCUGGAACAACUUCAAAAGUCAAUCAGUGACUUGGGCAAUAUAGCAUCUGUUCUGUACAGUCCGUCAGAUGACUUAAGUGCCACAAUCCAUACUCAUAGGUUAGAUUUGUCCUCCAGGGAAAUUACAAACGCUCCUACUUGUUCUGUCUCACCAUCAGUUCCAUCCCUGAAAUUGUCAAAAUCCAUAACUUCAGUGCCCUCAAAUUUCCCCAGGAGGGAAGGUGGCAGUAUGACUCUCCCAAAAGCUCGGGCUCCAAGCAACCCAAGGGACAGUAUCCUGCUAGCCAAGAGGCAUUAUAGCCAACCACAGUCAGGAGCAGACUGCUUUCAUCAUGUGGUGAACAUAGAGAUCAGCAAACUUCAGCCUAUAAGAGCUCCCGAGCAAUACCAGAGAGAACUAGAAGAGACAGAUAUUGAUGAAGAGGUAGCAGAGAAAAUGGAGAUGGAGGACUGCCUAAUGGAGGAGGGAGGAAUGGUUGAGGAGGCUCCACAGAACCCUUGUUCAAGCGCCAGAGUAAGGGACUCAGGAGAAAAACCACCCACUCCUCCCUUGCACCGAUUUCCAUCUUGGGAGAGCCGUAUCUAUGCAGUAGCUGAAUUUGGCAUGAGACUGUCAGAAAUGGCUCUGAGGAAUGACUCUUCUAGCCAGACUUCAAAUUCCCCAACUUAUUCAUCCUGUGGGCCAUUUACCUGCCUCAUUUACAGAAAUGUUACAGUGCCUGUCUACACCAUGCUAAAAGGGAAAGCAACUCAGAUCAGCAACGUUCCUUUCUUAGACGAGUCCUCCUGCUCUGAUGAUGACUGCAGCUCCCAUGUUAGUCUUAGGGCUUCCAGUGCAGGAUCUGAGCCCAGGAAAACAAGCGUCCCCGGCAGUCCUCGUGCAGUGAAACGAGCAGGAGUCUCGGUAUCCUCGCUGAGCUCAGAGGGUGAUUAUGCCAUCCCCCCUGAUGCCUAUUCCUUGGAUGGAGACUAUUCUGAACCAGAACACAAACUGCAACGAACAUCCUCUUAUUCCACUGAUGCUGGAGUCUACAGUGAACCCAUGGAGAAAUCUGGCUAUUUGCUCAAAAUGAGCAAUCAGGAGAAGACAUGGAAGAGACGGUGGUUUGUUUUGAAAAAUGGACAGCUCAUGUACUAUAAAUCCCCAAGUGAUAUCAUCUGCAAGCCUCAGGGACUAGUUGAGUUGAAUUCUUCUUGCCAGAUCAUACGAGGUGAAGGAUCUCAAACAUUCCAGCUUGUCACUGAAAAAAGGACCUACUUCUUGACAGCUGACUCUCCAAACAUCUUGGAGGAGUGGAUCCAUGUUCUUCAAAACAUGAUCAAAGUGAAAGUGACCAACCCUGCUGAAAUCCCUCUCAGUGAUGCAAAACCCACUGUGAAAGGCUGGCUCACCAAGGUGAAACAUGGGCGCUCUAAGCUGGUUUGGUGUGCGCUGAUUGGAAAGACUUUCUAUUAUUAUAGAAACCACGAAGACAAGUGCCCUCUAGGAUAUUUGCAUCUGCGUGAAUCAAAGGUAGAAGAAGUGGAUCGCUCCUGUGACUCUGAUGAGGAUUAUGAGGCUAAUGGCAGGGGCCUCUUUUCUUCAAAUUGCACCUUGGUGAUUCACCCUCCAGAACAGAGCCCUGUCUACCUACUAAUUGGUACAAAACAGGAAAAGGAUACUUGGUUGUACCACCUGACAGUAGCAGCAGGCAGCAACAGUGCCAAAGUGGGCACUGACUAUGAACAGCUGAUUGGGAAAUUACUGGAUAUGGAAGGAGACCCAAAUUCCCCUUUGUGGAAACACCCUAUGUUGUGUUACAGCAGGAAUGGGCUGCACACACCCCUCACUACUCUGCCUUCAGAGGCACUGCAGACAGAGGCCCUGAAACUCUUCAAGUCUUGCCAGCUGUUUAUCAAUGUCCCUGUAGGAGCUCCUUCCAUCGACUACCACGUGUCACUAGCCCAGACUGCCCUUCAAGUCUGUCUAACCCACAAUGAGCUACAGAAUGAAAUUUAUUGUCAGCUAGUUAAACAGACCAGCAGACCAGUUCAGAACCACUCAGUUGUUCAGUGCUGGCAAUUACUGGCUCUGUGUGCUCCUCUCUUCCUGCCUCAACACCAUUUCCUUUGGUAUGUCAAGCAUCACUUGCAGCAGCAUGCAGACCCCAGAAAUGAAAUAGGCAAGUAUGCAAUUUACUGUCAGAGAUCAGUGAAACGUACUUUGCAAAUUGGUGAACGAGAAGCCAGACCUUCCCGAAUGGAGAUUGUAUCCAUUUUGCUGAGAAAUCCCUACCACCACUCACUUCCCUUCAGUAUUCCAGUGCACUUCAUGAACGGAACCUACCAGGUGGUAGGGUUUGAUGGCUCCUCAACAGUGGAAGAGUUCCUGCAGCAGCUCAACCAAGAGACAGGCAUGAGGCAGUCAUCACUUUCUGGGUUUUCCCUCUUCACAGAUGAUCCAGCUGGCGGGGAUCUAGAACACUGCCUGCAAGGCCAUAUGAAGAUCUGUGAUGUCAUUUCAAAGUGGGAGCAAACUUUGAAAGAGCUGAAUCCUGGGAAAUAUGAAGGUAGCACAAGAAUAGUGAAGCUAACAUAUAAAAGCAGACUGUAUUUUCGAUGUCAAGCAAAAGGUGAGACAGACCGAGAGCGCUUGCUUCUGGCUUUCCAAAUUAGUGGUGAAAUAGCCAGUGGGAAGUUCCCUGUCAAUAAGGAGCUGGCUCUGGAAAUGGCUGCUCUAAUGGCCCAGGUGGAUUAUGGGGAUUUGGAUCGACCAGUGCCCUCAAGCCCAGGUGGGUCAUCCCUUUCCAAAAUGCAGCAUCUUCUCCAGCAGGUCUUAGACAAAUUCUAUCCCAAGCGCUACAAGCACCGUGCUACUGCUGAGCAGAUGAGGCAGUUAACUGACCGAUUGGCUGCAAAGUGGAUGGUGCUGCAGGGGUGCUCUUCUCCAGAAUGUGUUCGGAUCUUUUUGACUGUGGCUCGGAAAUGGCCCCUCUUUGGAGCCAAAUUGUUUACUGCUAAGCCUGUUCAGCCUUCUCCCCUGGGAGACUGUCCAUUGUGGAUAGCUGUGAAUGAAGAUGGAAUCAGUAUACUGGAAUAUAGCACUAUGCACUUAAAACUGUCUUAUGCAUUCUCUUCUGUGCUGACCUUUGGAGGCUGCCAUAAUGACUUUAUGGUUGUAAUCAGCCAAGUGAAGGACAGGCACUCUGGAAAAAACACCCCUGAAAAAUUGCUUUUUGCAAUGGAAGCUCCAGUGAUUGUCGAGGUGACCCUCCUUAUCGCUAGUUAUAUUAACUACUGUUCGUUGACUCCACACCCUCCUGCUCAAAGUAUAAAUUCAACAUGGAGUACAUCAUCUGCUAAAAAGCUCAUGGAAAUGAAAAGCAGAUGUUUAUUUUCUUCUCUACCCCAGACCACUAAGGGGCCAACGCUACUGUAAGGACUGUUUCCAAGUGCCUUUGGAGUUGUCUUCCCAUCUUGUGAAUUGAGGACUACUGUAAUUUCAUUGCUUGUGUACCUGUUACCAGGCAGACUCCAGGUCUGCCUUUUUGGUAAAGUGCAACAUUCCUUGUUUAGAUGCUUGUUUAGAGCAACUCCUCUUCCACCUUAAAAGAUUGGACGGGGUGUGUGUGUGUACUAAUUUUGAACAGAUUGUGAACCUUUUAUACAAUUUUGUCCUGCCUACUUUUCAUCUUAAUAAGGUCUGUAUUGCUCCAGCCUCUCCCUAAUCAUACCCCAAAUCUCUUCCUCUGUGAAUUACUUCUUAUAUUACUAUUUGAUUGCACUGAAGCUGUUGACUUCAUAGCCUGUUUACAUACUUGUUUACAUAACUGCUGUCCAUAACUUUUCUCUUUUUGAUAUUAUGCCUUAACUCAUACCACAGUUCCUACUGUUUGAUUUUAUGCUAAACCUGUAAAAUAACUUCACCACUUAAAUAUUGUAAGUAAUGUUGCCUACCCCAUCUCAGCCUUUAAUUUAUUUGUUCCUGAGAUCCUUUUUUGCUUUUGGCAUCAAACUCUAGAGGAAAGGAGAACUUAUCUUGAGUAAUCAUCUCUUGAUCACCAGACCUUCUCCUCUGCAUUUCUCUGAUUACUGUUGUGAAAACAGCAUUCCUGUUUAUCUGAACUUUUUUUGUUCUCCAUCUACCUUGACUAAAUAGGGUAAAUGAAAUUAUAUUUAUUCCUCAUAAUGUUAUUUAAAGUGUAUUGUUAGAGGAAUGGUGCUUUAAAUAUCCUGUAAUAAUACACCCAUCAUGUGAAUGCUGACAAUAUUAGCAGUGUCAAGCAGCCUGAUCAGAGAUUUCCUAGAAUUUAGUGAGGAACACAGGGAGUAAUAUAUUGGUGUUUUAAAACAAAGAGCUUAUGGUAAAAGGAAAAGUCUCAAAGGCUUUUGUACUU